GCCCUUGACUUCUAGUGCCGCAGAUGGGCAAGAGAGAGCUGAUAACAGACACAUGGUAACCUUUGUCCUAGACUGCCAGUAAGGACUGAGGCCUCCCCAGAAAUACAUGGGAGAUGAACACUGUUUGAGAUACGAAGAGAAAAAAGUCAAAGAUAUCAAAGACAGCGAAGACUGCAUAAUGGCGAAGGAUAAUUUGAGUGCAGUGUUGUACGCAGCGCAGGACCUACGGCUGGAGGAGAGGCCAAUCCCGCAGCCAGGGCCUGGAGAGGUGUUGCUGCGUGUGGCGAGUGUUGGGAUCUGUGGGUCUGAUGUUCAUUACUGGUGGAGGGGUCGCACUGCGCGCUUCGUGGUGGAGUCGCCGCUAAUCCUGGGCCACGAGUCUUCUGCCACGGUAGUCAGCUGUGGCCAAGGCGUUACCUCUCUAAAGCCAGGAGACCGUGUUGCCAUCGAGCCUGGUGUGCCGUGUCGCAGUUGCUGUUUUUGUAAGGGCGGCCGCUACAACGUGUGCCCCGACGUGAAGUUCUGUGCCACUCCUCCCGUCGACGGCACCCUCACCAACUACUACGUCCAUCCGGCAGACUUCUGCUUUAGACUCCCGGAUAGUGUCAGCGAUGAGGAGGGAGCUAUGCUGGAGCCCCUGGCGGUGGCCGUGUACUCGUGCCGCCGUGCCGAGGUGGGGCUGGGCAUGGCCGUCCUUGUGCUGGGCGCUGGACCCAUCGGCCUGGUGGCGCUCCUCACUGCCAGGGCCAUGGGUGCUGGGCACAUUUGCAUCACGGACAUCAAUGACAGCCGCCUAGAGUUUGCCAAGAAUCUCGGAGCAGAUUCAUCAGUGAACGUGUCUGGACUAAGCCCGAGGGAGGCGGCCAAUAAAAUACUAUCGCUGAUGCCCGCCCGGCCCGCUGCCUUGCUCGAGUGUUCCGGGGCUGACUCUUCCUAUCAAAUGGGUCUCCUGGCAGGCGCUCCAAGAGGUGUAAUGGUGACGGUGGGCCGCGGCAACCCUGAGGUGACGCUGCCCCUGGCCUUGGCCACUGCUAAGGAGAUGGACAUCCGUGGCAUCUUUAGAUAUGCUAACUGCUACCCGACGGCGCUGGCCAUGGUGGCGUCUGGUAGAGUGGACGUGCGGCCGCUCAUCACCCACCGGUUCAUGCUGACACAGGUUGAGGAGGCCUUCCGCACAGCCAGGGAAGGCACCGCCAUCAAGGUGAUGAUUCGCGUACAGCAGGAGGACUCCUCUACCACUGCUAAGCAAGAAGUCGUCUGAUAUUCUCUUUGGGAAGAAUUUUUCUUAUUCAAACUUUGAAAAUAUGAUGAUUUAAAGAGGAAUUUGGGGUAAAGCAUACGAGUGCAGGCUGAAAUGUAUUUUCUGUUACUGAAGUAAAGAGCAGAGGAGAUUAUCUGGUUUUGCAUAUAGCCUCCAAUGGAAAAGAAAUUUCACGAAUGAGUAGAUUAGUUAUAGUAUUGCAAAGACAUAUUACCGACGCGAUGAUACUUGAGGAACAUAAUUUCGAAAGGAAAGCAGUAGAUAAAUAAUAGUGGUUGCACGAAACAAUAAAGCUUUAAAAGGAA